AUUCCCAGUGAUCCCCAAGCAGGCUUGGGCAUUUCCAACAGCACCAAACAGYGAGACAAUUGUAAGAAGAUUUUUUUAACACUCCUUAUUUUCUGUUUUGCAGAUGAGCAACAGGAGGGGGAGUUCCUGGUGGAGAUUUCUGGCACCACGGUGACAAUCACGUGUCCCCUGGAGGACGAGGGUGUCCAGUGGCAYUCGUCCAGGACAGGGCUCACCGAGGAGGGGAAAUUCAUCCUAAAGGACCACGACAGCACUCCUGCCAACCUGAGCUGCUCCUCGGGCAGCAAGAGGCAUGAGCUGUACCUGAAUGCCCGAGUUUGUGACAACUGCCAGGAGCUGGACACGCUGACAGCGGCAGGGAUCAUCGCUGCAGACCUGCUCAUCACCCUGGGGGUGCUGAUCCUGGUUUAUUAUUUCAGCAAAGGCAGGAAGGGACGGGCCAGCACCGCUGGGGACAGCCGGCCACGAGGUCCGAAGAUGCAGCGUCCUCCCCCCGUCCCAAACCCGGACUAUGAGCCCAUCCGCAAAGGCCAGAGGGAGGUGUACGCAGGCCUGGACUCCAGAGCUUUCUGAAUCGCAGCACCAGGGCUGAACUCGUGCCCAGCUUGUGCCCAGCUCUGCCGAGCCUCUGCCACUCCUCUGCCACUCCAGGUGGCCCCAGGACAGGGACACGCUGUCCCACCCCUGAGCCAUGCUCGGGUUUGCCAUCGGGGAGCAGAAACAAGCAAAAAUGGCAAGAGAAGGUUUCUCUCUCAUUAAAGGACUGCAGCCU